AUGGGACACCGCGACAGCAUCGAUCCGCCUAAAAUGGCAAUCGAAGGGAGUUCUACCCUCACCUCAGAGUCGAGUGUAAACGACACUUCGCACAACGAAAGUGUAAAUGUUUCUCUCGAUGAAUCAGAACCGGCUGAUGAUGUAACAGGAGUCCAGAAAAGCAGCGAGAAAAGAAAAGCGGAAAAGGAGCAGGAGAAAAGUGGGCGCAAAGGCAAAAGAAGGCGACGAGAUAUCUCGGAAGGUACAACUCAAGACUGGCAGAGUUCUUUUAUGGAAAUGUGGGAAAAGAGUAUGGAACAGGACAACGCAAGAUUUGAACGUUCCGCGGAAAUGUUCCAUGACGCCCAGAACAGGCAAAUGGAACAAACAAACGCCAUACUCGCUGGCUUCAAAGACAUUUUUAAAGAUUUAGUAUCAAAAUAA